UUGUGGGUGGGCCGGUUCGUUGGUACAGUAUGAUGUGCUACCUUUGUCUCUCUAGAGCCUCUUUCUCUCUCUAGGGUUCUUUGACGAGAGGGGAGGCCAUGGGGUACAGAAGACUCAUUUUCCAAUCAAUCUUCAAAACCCACAUUCUCACUCUCCUGUUCUUUUCCAUGAUGUCGGCUUGGAGGAGUAAAAAAGAAAAUGUAGAAAGGUGAAGACCUCAACUCUCUUUCUCUCUCUUUCCAAUGGGUUUCUGUUGAAAAUUGGGUUGGAAACUGGGGAAGACUUUGGUUGAUGACUUCGAUUGGGUCUUGAAAACUGGGUGGAGGCAUCAUUCAUUUCACACAGUUUCAGAAAUUGGGGUUUGUUUUCAGAAAUUGGGGUUUGUUGUAGAUUUAGUAACAGAGGGACUGAGAAAGACAGAGAGAAUUGUUGUUGGGGAUUCUUCUCCCUGAAUCCAUAUUUAGGUUUGUUAGAGAGAGAGAGAUGCUGAUCUCUGCGAGUCCUUCCAUGUUUCUCUUUCUAGGGAUUCUUCUGCAAACUUGGGUCUUUAGCCAUGGCGAGGAGACCGAUAUACAGUGCCUCAGAGACCUGAAAACUUCUCUUAAAGACCCAUUCCAGUACCUCUCUUCUUCCUGGAACUUCAACAACAACUCCAAAGGCUCCAUCUGCUCGUUCUUGGGCGUCGAGUGUUGGCACGCGGACGACAACAAGGUCCUCAACAUAAGGCUCUCAGGGCUUGGCCUUCAGGGCCAGUUCCCUCAAGGCUUACGGAAUUGCACAAGCAUGACUGGGCUUGAUCUAUCUAAUAAUGGUCUCUCUGGUACCUUGCCUACUGAUAUAUCACAGGAGAUUAAAAUGGUGACCACUAUUGAUCUCUCUUCUAAUGACUUUUCUGGUCAAAUACCAGUAAGCCUCGCGAAUUGUACUUACCUGAACAUCAUUAAGCUCUCUGAAAAUCAGUUCUCUGGUGAAAUUCCUGCUCAACUUGGUACCUUGUCUAGGCUAAAAACUUUUGAGGUCUCCUCGAAUAAGCUCACUGGUCCAAUUCCCUCUAUUUUUAGUAAUCAAAGAUCUGUUUCUUUUGCAAACAAUCCAGGGCUUUGUGGGCGUCCAUUAUCAGUGACUUGCCCGAGUACUCAGAAGAAGACCUCUAUUGGGCUCAUUGUUGGGCCAGCUAUUGGUGGUUGUGUUCUAAUUUUGUUUCUUGCUCUUGCUCUGUGGUUUGGAUAUCUUCGUAGAAUCCCGAAGAAGAAGGUGGUGGAUACUGAGAAUAACAGGUGGGCGAAGAGGAUCAAGGGAAAGAAAGCCAUUAAGGUUUCUAUGUUUGAGAAAACUGCUUCAAAAAUGAGGUUUGACAAUCUUAUGAAGGCCACCAACAAUUUCAGCAAAGAUAACAUCAUAGGCACUGGAAGGACAGGCACCAUGUACAAAGCAACGCUUCCAGAUGGUUCAUUCUUGGUGGUUAAAAGGUUGGAGGAAUCUCAGCACACUGAGAAGGAAUUUAAAUCCGAGAUGAAUACACUUGGGAGCUUAAGGCACGAUAAUUUGGUUCCUCUUCUUGGUUUUUGCAUUGCAAAAAGGGAGAGGCUUUUGGUAUACAAACACAUGCCAAAUGGCACUCUAUUUCAACGACUGCAUGAGUUUAAAAGUGAAUCUGAGAUUAUGGAUUGGCCUACACGGCUUAGAAUCUCAAUUGGGGCAGCAAAAGGAUUGGCUUGGCUUCACCAUACCUGUAACCCUCGUGUAAUUCAUCGCAAUAUAAGCUCCAAAUGUAUCCUACUUGAUGAAGAUUUUGAACCCAAAAUCUCAGAAUUUGGGCUUGCUCGUCUUAUGAAUCCUAUCGACACCCACCUCAGUACUUUCGUUAAUGGUGAAUUCGGUGACUUGGGUUAUGUGGCACCAGAGUAUGCACGCACUCUUGUCGCUACUCCAAAGGGAGAUGUCUACAGCUUUGGAACGGUUUUGCUUGAGUUAGUUUCUGGGGAAAAACCUACUCAUGUGGUAAAUGCCCUAGAAAGCUUUAAAGGGAGCUUGGUGGAGUAUGUUAUUCACCUUUCAGGCAACUCUUGUUUGGAGGAAUGUAUUGAUAAGUCCUUGAUUGGGAAGGGCAUUGAUGAUGAGCUCCUCCAGUUUCUACAAGUGGCCUGCUCAUGUGUGGGGCAAACUCCAAAGGAGAGGCCUUCAAUGUUUGAAGUGUAUCAUCUACUAAGGGCUAUUGGUGAGAAGUACCACUUCACGGUGGAUGACGAGAUACUAGUAGUAACAGAUGCUUCUGGUCCCGAUCAAGAGGAACUUAUUGUUGCAAGAUAAAGGAAAAGUUGGUGACCGGAGAGGUAAAAGUGAUGAAUAAUAUUUUGUAAUGAGAAGAAAAUCUGCUAUCACAGUCUCGUGCCAUCGAGAUCAUCUUUUAGUAUGCUAUGUAUAUUACCAAAAUGUUAAGUUAUUUGCGUAGUAGAUGUGAGUUUAUUCAAAAGAGAACUUUUUCAGAUCAUGGCUUUGUAUUGUCCUUAGUUCUGGAAGCUCACUGUGUUUGAUUCUAUGCUGUUUUUUGGUGCUACACCAUUUUGAUCUUUUAGGUAUAAGCAUUCUGUAAUUUAUCUCUUUAUUUGAUUAUGAAAAAUCUGUCUUCGGGAGACUGGAGUUAACAACUCUAAA